AUGGUGCACUCCAAAGUUGUCAUUAUCGGUUCGGGCCCUGGCGCCCACACUGCCGCUAUCUAUCUCUCGCGUGCUGAACUUGAGCCCGUUCUGUACGAGGGUAUGCUCGCCAACGGUACUGCCGCCGGUGGCCAGCUGACCACCACUACCGAUGUCGAGAACUUCCCCGGCUUCCCCGACGGUGUCGGCGGUGCCGAGUUGAUGGACAAGAUGCGCGCUCAGUCGGAGCGCUUCGGCACGAAGAUCAUCACCGAGACCAUCUCCAAGCUGGACCUGUCCCAGCGCCCCUUCAAGAUGUGGACUGAGUGGAACGACGGCCCUGACAGCGAGCCCGCUCACACCGCGGAUGCCGUUAUCAUCGCUACCGGUGCCAAUGCCCGCCGUCUGGACCUGCCCGGCGAGGAGAAGUUCUGGCAGAAUGGUAUCAGUGCCUGCGCUGUCUGCGACGGUGCUGUGCCCAUCUUCCGCAACAAGCCCCUGUACGUCAUUGGUGGCGGUGACUCUGCCGCCGAGGAGGCCAUGUUCCUGGCCAAGUACGGCAGCCACGUCACCGUGCUGGUCCGCCGUGACAAGCUGCGUGCCUCCAAGGUGAUGGCUGACCGCCUGCUCAACCACCCCAAGUGCACUGUCCGCUUCAACACCGUUGCCACCGAGGUUAUCGGUGAGAGCAAGCCUAACGGCCUUAUGACCCACCUCCGUGUCAAGAGCACCACCAGCGACCAGGAGGAGAUCGUCGAGGCUAACGGUCUCUUCUAUGCUGUUGGCCACGACCCCGCCAACGCCUUGGUCAAGGGCCAGCUUAAGCUUGAUGAGGAUGGCUACAUCGUCACCCAGCCUGGUACCAGCUUCACCAGCGUCGAGGGUGUCUUUGCCUGCGGUGACGUUCAGGACAAGCGCUACCGCCAGGCUAUCACCAGUGCCGGCUCCGGCUGUGUCGCCGCCCUCGAGGCCGAGAAGUUCCUCGCCGAGUCCGAGCCCUCCACCCAGGAGGUUAACGGAGUCAAGGCCGCCCCCGUCCUCUAA